CAAAAAUUAACAAGGUUCAACAUAUUGAGCAUUGAAUCGAACUCGCAAGUAAACUCUGCGGAUCGAAAUCACCGGCAUGUCUCAAUGUUGUAAGUUUGUAAGCACGAUCAUAGAAUGAGUAAACAAACACGAACUCGCGCGAACAUGGCUUUGAGGUGUGCUUUUCAUGUUUUACGUGACAAGUUGACAACCAUGCAUGGACCUAAUCAGCUCUCUCUUUCUCUCUCUUAUAGCUGCUGAUGAGAUUGCAGCCAUAUCCAGCUGUACUUGGAGUACUUUAAAUGAGAAGAAAUAGUCGUUCGUUUCAUUCAAAUUAUUGGCUAAAGGUGAUAUGAUUUAUUAACUUUUCCUUGAAUCACUCAUGAAGAAUUCUGAGGAGCUAAACCAGGUCUUCGCUUAUAUAACGUCUGAAGGAAACCACAUUGGUGUAUGUAGGAUUCCCUCUCCUGUUCUUUCUCUUCUCGAUCGUCUUCUCCUUUUGUGGCAGAAACAGUUUUUGAGACCUGAAGAUAUGCCUGAAUAACGCGACUGCCUAUGACCAAAAAUCGCCUCCGCCGCCAGUGAUGCAAGUGCCAAUGCCGAUGGCCCAAUUCCCUCCGGCAGGGGCGGUCCCGGGGCAGUGGACGACGGGUCUCUGCGGUUGCUUCGAAGAUCCCUCCAACUGCGUCAUCACUUGUUGCUGUCCCUGCAUCACCUUCGGCCAGAACGCAGAAAUCAUAGACAGAGGGGCCACUUCUUGUGGCGGGGGCGGGCUCAUAUACUACUUGCUCGCCUACUUUGGCGUCGCGUGCCUAUAUUCGUGCAGUUACCGGACAAAACUGAGGGGUCUACACUCGUUGCAAGAAGAUCCGUGUGCCGAUUGCCUCGUGCACUGGUGUUGCGCCUGCUGUGCUCUUUGCCAAGAAUAUAGGGAGCUCAAAAACCGCGGAUUUGACCCUUCCGUUGGUAAAACUUCUUUUGAAAUAAAAUCGAGAUCGCCUGUGUGCUUUUUUACUUACCAUAUUAGCUUGGCCAAGCUAAUUUGGGUGAAGAACCUGUAUUAUUUGUUAUUGCUACACGUCUCACAAUGCUGAACAACAUACUCAAUAUGAGUUGA